GCACCAGCUUGCACUGGAAACCGACAAUACCUGACAGACAUCCUUCUGCAAAAGAACAGAAACUCUCAGAUGGCUGGUCUGUGCUGGAUGGUUGUCACCGUGACUGUGUUGGUCUCCACUGAGAUCAGUUCAGCUGUGGACCAGAACCAGCUUAAAGUAAUAGUACAGGAAAUCCAGAACAGGUAUAGACCAAGCUAUGUGGACAAAAAUCAAGUUCAAAAAUUUCCCAUGUUCAGUGUGGCAGUCACCGUCCCGUACAACAAUGACCAGAAAACGUAUGAUAUGACAGAAGUCCAUGAGGAUGGUCAGCAAGUGAGAGACACGAUUCUGAAAUGCCGUGUGUACACCAGUAGCAGGGUGGUGGCUGCCACCGUUCUGAGAUGGCCUAAUGUUCUGAGUCAGUGUCCUGAUGAACUUGUGCAAUGGCCUCAUGUUUUAAGAAAUUGUAAGAAAGGGGUUAAGACAUGGGCUGAUGUUCAGAAAUAUUGUCCUGAGGCGGUCCAUGAGGGUAGAGCUGAUCAUGCAGAGUACCGCAUCCUACAGAACUUCAACUCCUUGAUCACAAAUCGCAACAGAAAUGAUUUGUUGGUUUUCUAUGUCCGUGCAUCCCCAUGUCCUAGUAGAUGUACAAGACCAGACAGUCACUGGAACAUUCUGACAAGUAUAACACAGGUCACAGGCUGGGAUAAUUAUGCUGUUGUUUUCUCUGAUAUAUUCAAACCCCGUGAUGGUUCAUGGAUUGCAGAGGAAGAACAACGUGGAGCACUUGAACGGCUUGCGACAGACAUUGGUCUAAAAAACAUAUUCCGUUGUUACGGACAAGGAAGUGCUUUUCAGUGCACCAGCUGCUCUGAAAAGGGUUCAGUUAACGAGCAGUGUUACAAACCCUAACACCUUCCAGUAAAACAAGAAACUUGAAAAUGUUUACACAAUCAAGUUUAAUGCAAAUAUGGUUUCACACCGCGCUGAGGUCAUGUUGGGUUUUUGUCCUGUCUCCAUGUUUUGUCUUUUAACUUCCUGUUUUAUUUUGAAAAGAAACUCUCCUCUGCUUUCAGGUCUCUUGCCCUUCCUCUUGUGUUACCAGUGUGAUUGUCGUCUCUGAUUCCCAUUUACUUCCACCUCUUCCCCAUUAACUCCAUGUGUUCAAAUAGUCUGCAUCUCCCUUGUCUAGUGCCAGGGUGUUAGUCUUUGUGUGUUCACCUCAGCCUUACCACAGCCCUGAUCAACAUUGCUUUUUGAAUUGUGCCCUGAUUCCUCCUUUACUGAAUUCUUUUGUUUGUUAGUCUCUCAUAGUGAUUUUCCUUUGUGUUUGACUUCAGCCUUUUGAGUUUCCUCCCUGUAGUGGAGUGAUUUUUGGUUUUAGCUUUUCUUGAAAGAAGUUUUUGUUUAGCCUUUUUUUCAGAGCCUGUUUAUUUUCUUUGUUUUGUAUUUUGAACCCGAGCCGCCUUAUUAAAGACUGGUAUCAAGAAACCUUAA